AUGCCUGCCAAGACGGUCGUCUUCACCUCGGUGCGCAAGUUUGACGGGACAGAAAAUCGAAAUUUGACUUCGGGCGAGUUUAUCCAGGUGAGCGGGCGAAACUACGCGAGGCGAGAUUGCGCGAAGACGAGCUUGGCAAUUGACCCACCUGCCGCACUCUAUUACCCUCCGGCAGAUGAGCGGGCGAGCAGGUAGACGAGGGCUGGAUGAUCGAGGCAUUGUGAUUAUGAUGUUUGAUGAAAAGCUCGAGCCAGCCGACGCCAAGACGAUGGUCAAGGGGGAAGCCGACAGGCUGAAUAGCGCCUUUCAUCUCGGCUACAAUAUGAUUCUGAACCUGAUGCGCGUCGAGGGCAUCUCACCCGAGUACAUGCUCGAACGCUGCUUUUUUCAAUUCCAAAGCGCUGCGUCCGUGCCCGAGCUGGAGGGCAAGCUGGCAUCGCAGCGCAAGGAGCUCGAGCAAGCCGUGGUGCCGGACGAAGAGCAGACGGAGGAGUACUUUGCGCUGAAGCACCAACUCCAGGAGCUGCAGAGCGAUGUCAGAGAAGUCGUAACUCAUCCGACCUAUGCCUUGCCAUUCUUGCAGCCAGGUAGAUUGGCGCACGUGCAGCACGAGGAUCUCGACUUUGGAUGGGGCAUCGUCAUUCGAUAUCAGAAGCGCAUCACGCCGAGCAGGGGAGGCAAAGUGGAUGCGAGCGCAUCCGAGAGGCCACAGUCGCAGUGGAUCGUCGAUGUGCUGCUCGACUGCGAAGCAGGAUCCACGGCGCCCACCAUCAAGGAUGUCGCGACGAGAGCUCAGAAGCAGGUAAAAGGUGCCGAUACCGCACCCUUGGGUCUACGGCCUUGUCCGAGCGGCAAAAGAGGCGAGAUGCUUGCCGUACCGGUGCUCCUCUCCACCAUUUCGCGCAUUUCAGGAGUGCGCUUAAAGAUGUCGCCAGAUUUGCGUUCGCGCGAAGCUAGAGAUCAGGCUCGGACAAACUUGCUGGAAGUCAAAAGGCGCUUUGCUGGCUCCGACUCGAGAGGCAAAGGCGUCCCUGUCCUCGACCCGGUCAAGGACAUGAAGAUUGCAGAUCAGUCGUUUGCCACGCUGUUGAGCAAGAUUCGACUCGUAGAGUCUCGCCUGUCAGAGUCCAAGGUGGCAGCUUUGAGCGGAAAAGAAAGGGGGCAACUUCAAGAAGCGUACGAGCACAAGCAAGAGCUCGAGCGCGGGGUCAAGAGUUUGGAGCGCCAACUGAGCGAUGCCCACAGCGUGCUGCAACUGGACGAGCUCAAGUGUCGCAAGCGGGUUCUGAGAAGGCUAGGCUUUACAACGGACGACGACGUCGUGCAGAAAAAGGGUCGAGUUGCGUGCGAGAUUUCCACCGGCGAUGAGCUUCUCUUGACCGAGAUGAUUUUCAACAAUGUGUUCAACGACCUCGACCCGAAUCAGUGCGCAGCGUUGCUAUCUUGCUUUGUGUUCGACGAAAAGAGCGAGCAGCAAACUCGACUCAAGGAGGAUCUCGCUGGACCUCUGCGAGUCAUGCAAGAGACUGCGCGACGCAUAGCCAAAGUGUCGAUCGAGAGCAGACUGCAGGUCAAUGAAGACGAGUACGUGGCUAGCUUUAAAGUCGAGCUCAUGGAGGCUGUUCUACAGUGGUGCCGCGGAGCCAAAUUUUCGGAAAUCUGCAAGGUGCGUACGCGUGUCGUUGCAGUAGAUGUUCUCGCUGCGGCUGAUGCCGCCCAACGCCACCUUACAGAUGACCGACGUCUUUGAGGGCAGCUUGAUCCGCGUCUUUAGACGACUGCAGGAGCUUUUGCGACAAGUUGUCCAAGCGAGCAAGGCUAUUGGGAAUGUCGAGCUUCAGGAAAAGUUCGAGGCCAGCCAAAAAGCUUUGGAGCGCGAAAACUCGAUCAUUUUCAGCCCGUGAGUGUCGAUGAGAACAUACAGUGUCACUUUUGCGGCUGACGAAUUGCGCGUUCCAAAUUGCGUCGGCGCUUCCGAACUGUGACAGCUCCUUGUAUCUGUAG